GUCGGCGUGCAGUGUUGCUAGACGCUUACAGAAUAUCCAUGCUUUUUGAGCAGUGCUGGAAAGUGUUGUGCAAGAACAGCUGAUAAUGGCUGCAGUUGAAAGAAAGUUAUUAGAUUUAAUUAAAUUAUUGCCGCGCUUUAGUGACAUUGAACAACUGUUAACAAAUGAAGUGGAAGCGCACUAUAUACUGCAACGCUCAGCGGCUUACAUGCAAAAUGUACAGUUGACUACAGAAUUGGACGAAAAUGCCGGGGAGGAAAUUGGAUAUCUUGUGCGCGCUUUGGUGGACAGAAGCUGGGAGCGCAUACACAGUGGACAUUUCAGCAAUGUGCCUCUGAACAUACGCAAAAUCUAUGCACUGGCCUGUUAUUAUAAGAUAAUUUUUUUAUUGCUGGAAUGCAACAGUUGUGAACAACGCGAGCAAUGCGGCAUUAUCUUGGAUGAAGCGCAACUGCUGGGUUGCAAUGAGCAGCUGUAUGAAAAAUGGACUGACCUGCAAGCAGAGCUGCUAAAGUAUCUGGAUGAAACUGCAACGGGUACUGACUACAAACAGUUGCCUGUCCUAGCGCCUGUAGAGCGUCAUAUAACGCGCUGUGAUAUACCACAACUAGAUGCGCCUAGCAUAGUUGAGUUUAACGCCAAGUGUUACCAGGCGCUGCAGCCCACUUUGCUGUUCAACACAAUUAACCAUUGGCCUGCUUUGGACAAAUGGCGUAACUUAAAUUAUUUGCUGCAAGUGGCCGGCAAUCGCACUGUGCCCAUAGAGAUUGGCAGCAACUAUGCUAGCGACGAGUGGUCGCAGCAGCUGGUCAAAAUACGUGAUUUCCUAUACAGGCAAUUCGCAGCAAGUGGAGAACAGCCAGUGGAGUAUCUAGCUCAACAUGAGCUCUUUGCUCAAAUACCCGCAUUAAAAUCAGACAUCUGUGUGCCCGAUUACUGCAGCGCUACAGCUCAAACAACUGCAGGAGUGGAUAUAAAAGCCUGGCUAGGACCAAAGGACACCAUAUCGCCCAUGCAUCAUGAUCCCAAACACAAUUUGCUGUGCCAAGUAUUUGGUACCAAGCGCAUAAUAUUAGCUGCAGCGAGUGAAAGCGAAAACCUCUAUCCACAUGAAAGUGAGUUUCUCUCAAACACGUCACAGAUUGAUGCAGCCCAUCUAGACUUUGACCGUUUUCCACUGUUAAAACAUGUUAAGUUCUAUGAGCUGUUGCUGCAACCAGGUGAUUGCUUAUACUUACCGCCUAAGUGGUGGCAUUAUGUGCACGCCAAGACGCCAAGCUUCUCUGUCAGCUUUUGGUGGGAGUGACGCAUGUGAGAUGACAUCAUC